AUGCCUACGCUUGAGCUUCCGCCCCAGAUCAAGACCGAGGUUUCCUUGCCACUCUUGCGGUCAAUAGCCAAACAUUCUUUGAAGAAGAGAGCGAGCCAAGCUGUGCAACAAGCUAAAGGCACGGUCGCAGCGGCCUCGAACGAAAUGGACUUUGGCACCUUGAAGCUAGCUGAUGAACUCGUUGGCGAGCGUGUACUGAUUGUAAGCUCCGUGGCCUUUGACUUCUCGGCCCUAGAUCAGGGUGGCAAUGGUGUCGCCUUUCUUGACCCGAGACACGUUCCUGCCGACCUGUUGUACGGCACCGACAAAGUCGCAGCCAAGAACUGUGCCGUCCCCGAAAGCAUUCCCGUCAAGUGA